AUGAGUAGCCCUUUGACAGAUAAGGAUGACGAGUUUCAUCGCAAAUCUAUUACAUUGGAGGACAUCCUGAUAGACAAAUUGGAAGGUAUUUGUACUGUAUUUGACAAUAUCUAUUUUUUAAAAAAUUUAGGUGUGAUAAAAGAAGACAAUUUUAUCUAUAAAAAGUUGAAUAAAGGUAACCUUGGCUCGAAGAUAUGGCUGGUUUCCUUGAUCCUAUCAAUUAGGAGAUGUUUCAAGAAUUUAACCCACAUGUAUAGGACUAGAAGGAAAUACGUCACAGAACUCAGUAUAGUCUCAAAGAAAAGGAAUCAAUCGAGUGAAAAUGGAUUGGUCAAUGGGAUAUUAAAAGAUAAACUUUUGCAAUCGCUACAGAAAUGUAAUUCAAUAAUAAGAGAUCUUCUUUUAGAGUUUUUGCAGGUACUUUUAUAUCUAAUAAUUGUCAUUAUAGAGGUUUUCAAAGUUAAAUCACUCGAACGAUACGUAAAAGGUAUUAGAAAUUUAGAAAUACUAUCUAACCUAAUUACCGUAACCAGAAUCAUAACUGCAACUAGUCCAUAA